AGAUUGUAAGUUUUUUGGGUGAAAAGUAUAAGCUUCUCAGAGACAUGGCCAAGGUGAGGACAGCUGAAACACAACAUCACUGGACAAGACUAGGCCAAGGAAAUGUUCCGGCUUAGCUGACAUAUUUAUGGACUUGGGUUUAAGUCAGAGAACAAACCCUUUAUUACAAUGGAAAAGGAACAAUUUGUGGUUUUGGAAAGACUAAAAGACUUUAAGACGCUUCACUGGAAAUCUUGACUCGACUCUGAUUGAAGAACAAGUUUGAUGGAUGGAUUUUCAUGUCUUGACGCACCUUGAUGGAUCCUAUGGACUUAUUGUGAGGUUCUCCGUCACCAUGUCCAUCCGUACCCUCUUCCACUUCUGUAUUCUUCUCUUCUUCAUUUUCCUUUCAUACCAAAUUUACCAAAUCACCCAGGUUUCCAGGUCCUCAAAGUCCUAUGAUACGGAGAAGAUGCCGGUCCACGUUCUCAUCUUAUCGUCAUGGCGUUCGGGCUCCUCAUUCAUGGGGCAGAUCUUCAACCACCACCCUGAUGUCUUUUAUCUCUUUGAACCUGGACAUCCUGUCUGGAAGAGAUUUGGAAGUUUAGGGGUUGGCGCCAAUUUACUUCACUACCCAGUAAGAGACCUCAUCCGCUCACUGUUCACCUGUGAUGUUACACCGCUACAACAGUAUGUCUUUGGCAAUGGCUGCUACAUCUCCAGCAUGUCCUUCUUUGCAGAGAGUCGCGCUUUGUGUUCGCCGCCAUCUUGCUCACGCCCCAUGUUACCCGAGGGCUAUAAUCGCACGAUAUGUUACCAAUACUGUAGGAACAGCACUUUUGAAAACAUGGCAAAGACAUGUGACACUUACAAUCACAGGGUUAUGAAAACUGUUCGGAUUCUGGACUUUUCGGUCCUCCGUCCACUUUUUUGGGACCCUGCGCUAGAUCUUCGGAUCAUUCACCUGGUGAGAGACCCCAGGGCAAUAGCGUCAUCGAGGAGAUACUUCAGCCUUUCUGCUGAUGAUAAGGUUGUUCUGAAGGAACAUGACAAGACCAUAAAUGCUCCAGUGUUGGCCAAGAUCUGCAAAGCUCAGGCAAAUAUAAACAGAAUGGCCAAGGCGGAAGGGCAUCACUUGGAUGGGCGAUACAUGCUCCUGCGCCACGAGGAUUUAUCCAGAGAGCCCAUUGUGAAUGUCAGAAAAAUAUUCCAGUUCUCUGGCCUUAAAAUGACCACAAACUUUGAAAGCUGGAUCUAUAACAUCACUCACAUUGAUGAAAGCGACCGGAUAUUCAUACCGUUCUCUAAACAGUCUUCAAAAGUCAUUCAAAAAUGGAGGAAGACCAUGGACUUUAACAAGGUUAAGGAGAUCGAAGAAUACUGCAAGGAAGCCAUGGAUCUGUUUGGUUACCUACCAGUGAGUUCAGAAGGGGAUCAGAAGAACAUGAACAUCGACUUUGUUUUAUGACCCAGGAUAAUGGACAACGCAAGGGAAGCGA